UGUCGAAUUUUAUAAGAAUCUCUUCGUCUAACUUACAAUGAUGUUUAAAUCUUCUUAUAUAAGAAAAUGAUGCAAUGGAUGUCUAUCCACAAAUCCAAACAUAAACUAUUUCAAAUUGCUGCUUCUGUGGUUGGUCACUUUUCCGAAAAAAUGUUGUGGCGGUAGAUGUUUACCUGUCCCUCUUCCUUCUACCUCCAACCGAGACAAAGAGCAAAGUCAGUGGCCAAUGGAUUCUUAAAGGAGAAACAACAAGAGGAGGGAGAAAAAUAUCUCAUUGCUAUUUUGCUUACACUUUUCCAACUAUUCUUAUAUAAAUUACUAAAGCCAUUGCUUUUCUCUUCACUCUCCCUUUUUCUUUCUUUUACCAGAGUUCUUCCAUCUUUCUGUCAUAUUUAUCUUCCAUUUCUCGAAAAUAUUGAAGCCAUUUCUUCCAUCAAGCCCACAUCUUUCAUUUCUAUCAUUCUUCUUCUUCUAGAUUGAAGGGUUUUUGUUGUUGCAGUUGAUCAUCAUAUAUCUAUAUAUAUAUAUGUAUACUUGUUCUCUUGUAUCUGAUAUGGCUUCUGCUGCAACUCCUCAACCAAUGGAGGGACUCCAUGAGGCUGGUCCUCCUCCAUUUCUCACAAAAACUUAUGAUAUAGUCGAAGACUCAACCACCAAUCAUAUUGUUUCUUGGAGCAGCGGCAACAGCAGCUUUGUUGUAUGGGAUCCUCAGACCUUCUCCAUUAGUCUUCUCCCUAGAUACUUCAAGCACAACAAUUUCUCCAGCUUUGUUAGACAACUCAACACUUAUGGGUUCACGAAGGUUGAUCCUGAUAGAUGGGAGUUUGCAAAUGAAGGGUUUCUGAGGGGGCAAGGGCAUCUUUUAAAGAACAUUAGAAGAAGAAAGACAAUUCAACCUCAUGCUUCACAGCAAGCUCUAGAUGCUUGUGUUGAAGUAGGAAGGUUUGGAUUAAAUGGUGAAGUUGAUAGAGAAAGGCGUGACAAGCAAGCUCUAAUGGUGGAAUUGGUGAAGCUGAGACGGCAACAGCAGAUUACCAGAGAAUAUCUUCAUGUAAUGGAACAAAGGUUAAGAAAAUCUGAGAUGAAACAGCAACAAAUGGUGAGUUUCUUGGCGAGAGCCAUGCAGAAUCCACACUAUGUACCGCAAUUUGUGCAGCAAAAAGAUAGAAGAAAAGAGUUUGAAGAAGUGAUAUGCAGAAAGAAAAGACAGCGUAUUGAUCAAGGGCCUAGUAAUUUUGUUAAGAUGGAACCUGAAGAAAAUGGUGACAUGCAAGGACCCAGUGGUUGCCAAAACAUGAACCCACAAGAGAAAUUUAUGGAAAGAGGAGAUCAUCAUGAAUACAGAAGCACUUAUAAUGUGGAGUUCUGGGAAAAUUUCUUGAAUGAAGAUUUUGAGGAAGAGGAUGAACAAAGAGAAGAUUUAGAUGUGCUUGUUGAGCAAAAUUGGUGUCAUGGGCUUCAAAGUAGCUCGAGUGGUAAAAUGGUAUCCAAAUACGCGAGCACAAAUUAUCCAUAAUUUUUUUUUUUAAGUUCCUUGAAAAUUCCAGUAUGUCAAACCCCAUUGAUUUAGUAUAUUAAGCAAUUGAUCAUUUUGAAGAGUGUAGAACAAUUAAUUGUUAUUGCUAAGUGCUUGCUUGCUCUA